AUGAAGAGUUCUCCUGUAGAGCAAGUUGAAGGAGAGAGAUCGUCGGAUAAGGAAUUUGAGAGAAGCGACGAAGCAAAGAUGGUGGGAGAGGUGGACGUCGAUGAGAUUGCAGCGGCUGUCGCUCGUGCACACGAAGUAAGCAGGAUGAGCAAGCCUCUAGCACUUUCGAAGGAUUUGCAAAUAACAGCUGCCAUGUUGUCAAAUGAACGGCAGCAAGAGGAAGGACGUCAAAGUGUACCGGUACAACAAUAUCAAUCCUUGAAAGAUGUUACGCCCUUACCACAGCCCAUGCCAUUAUCAGAAUCUGAUGAUCUCCCAUCAUUAGCUAUCGUUUCCGGAGUCGAGAGAAGCCACCCAGAACUAAGAAUGAUGAGCAAGAAUGCCGCUCUUCGUCAAGAUUUGCAGCUGUCACCAGCGGAAAUGAUGACCAGAAACACCCGAGAUUUGGACAAGAGACGUCCCGUCCAUAGUUACCAAUCCUUGAAGGAUAUUAUCCCCUUGCCUCAACCCAUGCCACUAGAAACAAGAGCACGAUCACCCCCACCAACACUGCCAGCAGAAGUUUCUCCGGGAGCUUAUAAUAUUGUGGGAGUCCGACCCAUUGGCGCGUAUCAUUUCUCUCGUCCAACAGCGCCGCCAACACGGACAUCAUCUGCGACUCCUGAUCAGAAUAAUCAUGAGGGUCUAGUGGAAGCAACGCAAGUCCAAGACCACUUGCCUACGGGACACGCUGUGCUGGAAAAUGCAAAAACAAGGCCUCCAAGCCCCCCGAAAAGGCUCCUAGGAUAUUCCAUGUUGGCAAGCAUGGUACUAGCCGUCGUUCUGUUGGCUCUGAUAGUGACACUUGCCACGGACAACUAUACACAAAAUCAGGAAAUGAAACGCGCUGCUUCCAGCCAUAAUAAUAAUGGAACCAUUGCCAACAAUGGCAAUGUUACCAGCAGCAGCAAUGCCACUUCGCAGGUCCAUUUGCAACGACAAGGGCGAAUAUAUCGUCAUACAUCUUGCCGCGGCUGCCAACGUGGGAUUUCAAGUCGCCAAUGCGGCGGUACCACCCGAACUCUCGUUCUUGACAUCGCUGCGGCACUUUAUUUGGCGGAACAAUGGAAUCACCAACGUUAG